AUGUCGUCUGAAAAGUCCACUUCUUCCUCGCCAUCAGCAGUCCCAGCUGCAGGAUGCCUCUCCAUCUUUCAAGGAAUCUUUGCUUCAAAGCCCACUACUUCAACUUCUGAAGAGUUCAACGAAAAGAACGCUCACUUGUACAGAGGCGAAAACAGCACGGUAUCGACUCUCCCUCCAGCAUAUCAAUCACUCUCUCAGGAAAUGAGCCAACUUCUUGUCAACGAGGCCAGCCGUGUGCCUUUGUCAGACCUCUGGGAGAAGGACGAAUUUGCCAAGGCUGUUCAUCUGGCCAUUGAGGGCGUCUCCUCCGAGCUCCGUGCGAUCAGUCUCAAGCUCCACGAGGACCCUGAGUUGAGCUAUGAGGAGCACAGGGCCCAUGCCCUGUUGACGGACUACCUGGAGAAGAAGGGCUUCGAGGUCGAGCGCAAAGCUUAUGGACUCGACACGGCCUUUGUUGCCCGCGCUGGCAACUCUGACAAGGUCACCAUCGGUAUCUGCUCCGAGUACGAUGCCCUCCCAAGCACGGACUCUCCCACUGGCGCCUUCCAAGCAUGUGGACAUAACUUGAUCGCCAUUAGCGGCGUUGCAACGGCAAUUGGACUUAAGACGGUCAUUGAGCAGUUUGGACUUGAGGGACAGGUCAAGCUGUUUGGAACUCCCGCUGAGGAGACCUCUGGCGGAAAGAUUGUGAUGCUGGACCGCGGCGCAUUCAAGGGCGUGGAUGUCUGCAUGAUGCUCCACGGCGCCAAUGCCGAUGUCAUCUACCCCGCCUUCUUGGCCCUGGACACCGUCGAGGUCGAGUUCUUUGGAAAGGCCUCGCACGCGUCGGCGUCUCCCUGGGAGGGUAUCAACGCGUUGGAUGCCGCAGUUCAAUCAUACACCAACAUUGCGAUGAUGCGUCAGCAGAUGCACCCUAGCCAGCGUGUCCACGGUAUCAUCAAGGACGGAGGCAAGGCUGCCAACAUUAUUCCUGAUUACACAAAGUCGGUUUACACUGUGCGUGCCCCCAAGUUUGUGGAGGUUGAGGUCCUCAAGAAGCGUGUCGAGAGGAUCUUUAACGCUGCUGCUACCUCUACCGGAUGCACCGUCAAAUUGACCUGGGGCGUUCCUUACAAGGACAUUAUCUCAAACGACCCAUUAACGCGCAAGUUUGAGCAUUACAUGAACAACCAGGGCGUCAAGUACGCUUCAAAGCAAGAACAACUGUCCAAGCUCUCUGGAUCGACCGACAUGGGCAACCUCACCUAUGCCCUCCCCGGUAUCCACCCAAUGUUCAACAUUCUGAACCUGAUUGGUGAGGACGACAAGACGAUGGGACUUCACACCAAUGCGUUCGCCAAUGCUGCUGCCCAACCCGUUGCACAUGUUGCGACCUUGAGAGCAUCCAAGAGCUUGGCCCUGACUGGUUUGGAGUGCAUUGUCGACUCUGUGUUCCUCAAGGCUGUCAAGCAGGACUUUGAUACGCAGGUCUAG